AUGUCACAGCCCAAUUCCCAUUCCCCAGCCCCGGACUACUCAAGUCUAUACCCCGGCCUCCUGCCUGCACUCCCCGAUGGAACGUCCCUCCAACCGCCAGACAAACCGCCCAGCAGCAACGCCGCAACGGGCGCAUCAGCCGCUGGUGUGCGCGCCCUCACUUCGCAAGCAGUCGCCUUCUACUUCCGCGCACCCGUCAAGGCCUUCUUCCGCACGCGCGUCGACUACCUCGCGUAUGCACGGGCCCUGCAAGAGCAGGAACUCAAAUUCUUACAGCAGCAGCAGCGAGCCUUGACUCGGCCCACCUUAUCAUCAUCAUCGCCGGCCCCCUCUGCCGGCAAUGGCAUAACCACCAGGCUCAGCUGGUUGCGCGCCCGGCUGCGGGGUACCACUCCCGGCGUGCUAGCCUCGGCCGUGCGGCACUACGGCUGGCGCAUUUUGCCCGAUCAGGUGCUCCCGCCACUGGUGGCCAAUGUGGGCGUCGGCGCCGUGCUGUACACGAGCUACCUGCAGGUGUUGGCGCGGCUGCAUCCCGAGAGCGGGCGCGCCAGCAAGCGAGUGUAUCCACCUCCGGGGCCGGCCGAGACCUUCGCCGCAGGCUUUUUCGCGGGGGCUGUACAAAGCGUCGUCGCCGCCCCGCUGGACGCUGUGCAGGCUAGAUAUGACUUCCUUGGCGGUAGUGUGGCGGGGAUGAGGAAGGGGAGUGGGAAUCCGGUUAAGACCGAUGGGAAUGGGCAUGUGGUGGUGGAGAGGCCCAGGAGUGUCUGGGCUUUUACCGCCGAGAAGCUGAGGGAGAUUGGGGUGAGGGGCGUGUUUGCCGGAUGGGGACUGUCGUUCCUCAAGGACAGCAUGGGCAGCGCCGUCUUCUUCAGCGUGUUCGAGUACCUCAAGGCGCAGGGGUACUACGGCUUCGUGAGGUGGUAUUACGGGGCGCUCAACGAGGAUACAAUUCUGCUGUUAUCACGGAAGCGGCCGGUGACUUCGGCGGAGGGCGCCGACGAGCCAAGACGAAGCAUGCCGACCGUCAUACGCCCGCACUACGCCAUGGAACCGGCUUUCCUCCUUCUUGCUGGCAUGGGCGCCUCCAUCGCCCAGCAGGCCGUGCUUCACCCGCUAUCCCACGUCCAGUCUGAGCAUUGGGAGAGACUUGAAGGGCUCGACGCGCAGGCCCGAAAGAUCAGACGGCAUGUCAGGGCUGCAGAUAGUGCACAGAGAUCGAUGUGGAGGUGGCGUAUGCUCAGGGCGUACCGCGACGCCUACCGAAUAACAUGGUCUGAGUGCGUCGCAGAGGCCAAAGCCGCAGGCCUCACCAUGCGCCAGUGGUUGUACCGUGGUUUUUGGUGGAACACGAUCCGGCAAAUCCCCUCUACUAGCGCAGGGCUCAUCAUAUUUGAGCUGGUUAGAAGGAAGUACGGCCUCAAUGAUGAUCAAGUGCGGAUUAGUCGGGACGGCUACGACAUUUUGUUGAAUUAGAGGCGAGCAGCAUGGCCUUAGCCUGGGGGCCGAAAUUUGUCUUGAACUCUUGAUCCUGCUCUCCACUCGGCCUCAUCUGCUCCGUACAGGCACAACAUUCAAUCUCACUACUUCAAUUGCUGCAUGCGGACAGCAUGCCAAUCCCUGAGGGAGGUGACUCUUGUACAGUAUACAGUAACAACUACCUACCUUACUUAAAUAACAAAGCCGAGUCCAACACAGC